UCGCACGGGUGGUGGAGCUCCGGCAGGUCUUCGAGCGAAGUCCCCGCGGCGCCGGAGGCGCGGAGGCCCUUUACUGCGGCUGCCGUCCUAGCUCAAGUCCGCCGGGUUUAGAGAGGCCUGGACCUUAGUCUGCGGAAUCGGUGGCAUCCCCCCGGCCUUCAACGCCCUUGGGGAGAGGAGGGCGCUCCUCUGCUAGGUCUCAGGCGGCGGCAGGAGCAGCUCUGCCUCCUGGACCUCCCUUCCUGCCUCCCCGGUGACGGACGAAAAGUCCACUUGGAAUUUUGAUUCACCGAGUGACCUUGAGCUCAGGGCGACGCCUACUUUGUAGUUCCUGGCUGCGCUCGGCCAUUCAGGAACUUUGUGAGAAUUUCAGUAUAUGGAAACACCAUCCUUGUUCCAACUGGUGUAUAUCCAAAGGUCUCAGUAUAAUACCAGGACCAAAGUGUUACAUGUCAGUCAGUCAGCCAGCCACAUACUUAAUGACUUCUAAAAUCUCAUGGACUUCUAAAGAAGCACCAUGGCGUGUGCUGCUGUCAUGGUUCCUGGGUUGUUGCGAAGCUCUGUUGGCACCAUCUGCGCUCAGGCUGCUUCGCUGAGAUUGACGUCCGGUGCUUUGCGCCACCUUACUCUCACAAGCAUAAUGAAAUCCAAAAGGAAAACUGAUCACUUGGAGAGAACUGCAAAUGUCAUUCGACGGGAGGUCAUGUCGGCCGCUAAGGUUUGUGGGGCUGCUGCUGAGUCGCCAUCAGUGAAAAGGCUCCACCUGCUUGUUGCUGAUAAAGAUUUUUCUUUUAAAGCUGGCCAGUGGGUUGAUUUCUUUAUCCCAGGAGUCUCUGUGGUUGGUGGGUUCUCAAUAUGCUCCAGCCCCAGACUGCUAAAACAAGAGAGGAUGAUAGAAUUGGCAGUGAAAUAUGCGAACCACCCCCCUGCUCUCUGGAUUCACAAUCAGUGUACCCUUGACUCUGAAGUGGCCGUGAGAGUGGGUGGAGAGUUCUUCUUUGACCCUCAGCCUGCAGAUGCCUCUAGAAACCUGGUGUUGAUUGCAGGAGGAGUCGGAAUUAACCCUCUGCUGUCCAUCCUGCGGCACGCGGCAGACCUCCACAGAGACCGGGUGAACAAAGGAAGCGGCUAUGAGGUUGGAACGAUAAAGCUCUUCUACAGUGCAAAAAAUACCAGUGAACUCCUCUUUAAGCAAAAUAUCCUCGAUUUAGUAAAUGAAUUUCCUGAGAAGAUUGCUUGCAGUUUGCAUGUUACCAAACAGACUACACAAAUCAGUGCAGAACUGCAGCCAUACAUCACGGAAGGAAGAAUAACGGAGAAGGAGAUAAGAGAUCAUAUUUCAAAAGAGACUUUGUUCUAUAUUUGUGGCCCACCUCCAAUGACAGACUUUUUCUCCAAGCAACUGGAAAACACCCAUGUUCCCAAAGAACACAUUUGCUUUGAGAAGUGGUGGUAGGGAGCAGGCAAAGGUACAAGAGAGAAAGCUGUGAAAUCUUCUCAGGACAAUAACAGAGACAUGAUUUGUGGCACCAUGAAUUGACCUCUCCUCAGCGGUUUUUUUUUUUGUUUUCUUUUUUCUUUUUUUUUUUUUCAAGGCUGAACUAAGUAAGUGACCAGCUGGAGCAUCAAAGAAAAACCAGCCGACAGACUUCAAUGAUAAGCUUUUUGCCAAGACUUCAUUGAUUAAAUUAUUUUUGCUAUAUUGAGUUUCUUUUAUUAAUAACUGUUUGAUUAUCUCAUGAUGCAUCUUGAAUCGGUCAAUAUAGAUGUUCUUUCCUUUUAGGGAAAAAAGAGACUGUCCUUAAACUUAAUCAUAUAAAAAUGUUCUGUGUGUAAGAUAUAGGUUGUCCUUAUUUGGUAGCAACCUAUAUAUCUUAUGUCCAAUAAACUUAUAAUUUAAACACA